AAUCAGACUCGGAUAAAAUGGUGAUGUUUUAGUUUGCCUCGAAACCUUGAAGCAUGGGGAAACUCGUCCUGAUUUUCUCGAUUCUCUUCAUGACAUCCUCAACCUUCGUUCAGGCUGACGACCACGUGAACGUAGGCUGCGAAGAUGAAGAUCUUCUUGUUAACUCCUCGAUUGCUGCUUUCAGUGGAGAACCAAGAUCGGGGCGACACAAACGAUACUGGCUUUUAUGGUGCAUGAACUUCCCAGACUGUUGUGACAUCAAAGGAGAGGAUACCUGUGGCUUUGCCUGCCCAGGAUGUCCGAAAAAAUAUAAAUCAAACACAAAAUCUACUUCAACAACACCAAGUCCACCUCAAUUGCCUGGGGGAUUGGCAGCUCUUCGAGCUCAAAGGGCACCUGGAAGUGAAGGGGCAGGUACUACUCUUCAAGGUGGAGGACUGGCUGCACUUUUGGCUCAAGAAGCCGCAGGUGGAGGUGGGGGCAGUGCUCCACAAGGUGGAGGACUGGCGGCACUCUUGGCCCAAGGCGCUACAAGUGGAGGUGGAGGCAGUGCUCCUCAAGAUGGAGGACUAGCGGCACUGUUGGCCCAAGCCGAAGGUGGAAGUGCAGGCGGCACUCCUCAAGGUAGAGGAUUGGCGGCACUCUUGGCCCAAGGAGCUUCAGGUGGAAGUGGAGGCAACACUCCUCAAGGUGAAGGACUGGCGGCACUUUUGGGUCAAGGACCUGCUAGUGGAGGUGGAGGCACUCCUCAGGGUGGAGGACUGGCGGCACUUUUGGCCCAAGGAGGUGCAGGUGGAGGUGGCACUUCUCAAGUUGGAGAAGUUAAAGAACAACUUUCAACUGAUCUAGAACAUGCUGCCUGGAAGAUUUCUCCUACCCACGUGACCCUUCCACUUUCACAUUCAAGCAAUUCCUAUCAGCCUGUUAAGUCAAACACAAUGGUUCAGAUGGGCAAUAAAAUUUCCAAAGAAAAACGUUUUCCCAUAUUUGACUUGGGAACAAAGAACUUGGCAUCUGGUGAGCCUUUUGACCAACAUUCGAAAACUUCUGCCAAUUUAUCUGCAUCUGCUUCACAAUUUGGAGAACUAGAAAGAUUGCCCUCCACAGACUUAUCAACCUUGUUUGCCAAAUUCGGAGCCAACUCGUCCAACAAUCCAGGUCAAACACCUUCCUUGGCAGCCACAUCCUCCCUAGCAUCUCAGUUUAUUCGCAAUGGAGCCUCAGAUUUACAAACCUCAGAGGGAGAAACUAGCUCUCCAUCACUCUCACCCUUACUGGCUUUGGCAGCUCAAGGGGGACUUCCAAAUGGGGUGGAAGUGGGCCCAUUGGGGAUUGAUAUCUUUGCGAAUGAGGAACUGGACGUGGCUGGAUUUGGGGACUAUGACUAUGAGGACUAUGAGGACGAAGAUGGGACCAUUCCUCAGAGGCGUUACUGGAGGAAAUAUUUUGAAAAAGACUUGCCUUUAAGAAUUGAUUCAAAGAAAACUUUGCCAUCUGAGCCAAACCCAAAUGAAUAUGACACAUUAUCUGCUCCCAUGGAGAGCACAAUUCAAAUUGGACAACAAACGUAUACAGAUACAUUGACACCGGCUGAAUCUAACUAUCUGUUCAGCCAAUACAAUCCAUCUUCAAUGAAGCGAAGUUCGGGCUCUUGGUGGACGAAAAUCAAGUCCAAUUGGGAUAAAGUCCAGCAAAUGUGGUCGUAUUGAAUCAUUUUUAUUUGUAAAUAUCCAUACCGAAACUUCAGUAAAUACUGUUUUAAAGAACGAAUGAAUAGAUGCAUGACUUGCAUUAGCAAAAUUGUGAAAGUUUGCUGGCUGCAGUGUUUCAGAACUCGUCUCCUCCUACCAGUCAUCUUCAUCACUGGAUGCAUCUUUUCGUCCACUCCCUCGAAUCGUUUUGACUUUAGGCUUGCCUAAAAUUGUGGUCUUGGAUUUACCAGAUUUGCCACCAUCCGGAGGGGUCAUAAGAUCACCGGAAUACGAAAUCAUUUCAGUUUGGGCCAAACGCCACUCCAACA